ACUACUUUACUAAUAUAUAUACAGUAUGUCGCUAUAUUUUUCAUUAAAUAAAUGUGAAUCUCAUAGUGUAUGCAUUACAUACCGGUGACAAAACUGUAAUAUUAGGCUCAACUAGCCUCAUGAUUAAGUCGUGCUAAUUCUAAAUCUGAGUAAUGUCUAUAGAACAAAUCAAUAAAAAUACACUACAUUAUAUUACAUUACAUUAGAUUACAUUGCUAUCUUUUCCUUCUGUCUUGCUCUUUGAUUUUUAAUAUUGCUUCCUGCAUACAUAUAUGAAUUUUGUGCAGUUAUGUGCAUUGAAUGUAAAGUGUAUCAUCCUGUGACAGGCGCAGUGAGAUGCUGUGUGAAUUUCUCACCAAACCCUUUGCCUCUCAAUCGUCUGAAAGACUUCACCAUACAGGAUGCAACUACUGUCUGUCGACUGCAUGCUGUGAUAUUUACCACAGUGAAAGAAAGAAAGAUUUGUGCCGAUCCUGAUUCAACAUGGGUUAAAAAUGCUGUGAAUUACAUUAGUAAGUUCAUCAUUAUACUGAUGUAUAAAAGCAUUUCCCAGUUGAGGAAACAAAGGAAAACUUGCAUCACAAAUAGGAUGAAGAAUGAGAAAUGAGGAAAUAGGAUGAGAAAAAAAUGAAUCUCAUGGCUGAUGUCCUUUCUUCUUGGCAUGAUGUAGACACACAACUGAGUGCUCCAGAACACCAAACUGCCACAAGUUGUACUUUUAUAGAGGUAGUCACACUUCUAGAGGAUUAACAAAUCUUGUGCAUUUCAUUAGUAACAGGUUAAUUACUCUCUAAAUUAUUGUUGGAAGUAGGAAGGGUGUACUUAUUUUUUACUCACCUGGUUUCUGAAUGUUGUUUACAUUUUGGGGAAAAAAAUGACUAUAUAUUGAAAUCUGUUGUAUUUUUUGU